GGGUCACUGUGGCGGAAGGGGGCGUGGCCCGGCGGCGAUUCCCUGACGGUCGCGGGGCCUGCGCGGCCCGGGCUGCGGGCGGGGACCGGCACCGGCACUGGCGCUGCAGUCAACCUCUACCGUCAGCAACAGCUGCUCUCGCCACUGAAACACCUCCGAGUGUAACUGAAGAGGGAAGAAGGAACCCAGGAGAGGUUUUCAGGAGCUCCCUGAGAGGGAGUCACAGAAGGCAGCAGAGGAGAGCCCAGCCCAGGCUGUAUCUCCCUCCCCACGGCAGCUCUGUGCCUCUCACCCCCACAGCCCGUUAAUGCAGCCAGACAAAGCCGCGGGUGGAGCCGCCAGGGCCCGGCAGGAGCUGCGGGAGCCCCGCCUGGCCCUGCCCAGCUCUGGCUGAGGGGGAGCAGGCGGCCUGUGGGGACACGAACCUGCGAGCCCGCCCCUGGAGAGGGGACGGUGCCCCGAGAACAGCCAUGGAGAAGAUGGCCAGGGUCACCACGGCCCUGGGGGGCAACACCCUGAGUGGCCGCACCAUGUUCUGCCACCUGGACGCCCCCGCCAAUGCCAUCAGCGUGUGCCGCGACGCCGCGCAGGUCGUGGUGGCCGGACGCAACAUCUUCAAGAUCUACUCCAUUGAGGAGGAGCAGUUCGUGGAGAAGCUGAACCUGCGCGUGGGCCGCAAGCCCUCCCUGAACUUCAGCUGCGCCGACGUGGUGUGGCACCAGAUGGACGAGAACCUGCUGGCCACGGCCGCCACCAACGGUGUGGUGGUCACCUGGAACCUCGGCAAGCCGUCCCGCAACAAGCAGGACCAGCUGUUCACGGAGCACAAGCGCACGGUGAACAAGGUGUGCUUCCACCCCACCGAGGUGUACAUGCUGCUCAGCGGCUCCCAGGACGGGUACAUGAAGUGCUUCGACCUGCGCAAGAAGGACUCUGUCAGCACCUUCUCUGGCCAGUCGGAGAGCGUGCGUGAUGUGCAGUUCAGCAUCCGGGACUAUUUCACCUUCGCCGCCACCUUCGAGAACGGGAACGUGCAGCUGUGGGACAUCCGGCGGCCCGACCGCUACGAGAGGAUGUUCACGGCCCACAACGGGCCCGUCUUCUGCUGCGACUGGCACCUGGAGGACAGGGGCUGGCUGGCCACGGGCGGCCGGGACAAGAUGGUGAAGGUGUGGGACAUGAACACGACGCGGGCGAAGGAGAUUUACUGCGUGCAGACCAUCGCCUCGGUGGCGCGGGUGAAGUGGCGCCCCGAGUGCAAGCACCACAUCGCCACCUGCUCCAUGAUGGUGGACCACAACAUCUACGUGUGGGACGUGCGCCGCCCCUUCAUCCCCUCCGCCAUGUUCGAGGAGCACAAGGACGUCACCACGGGCAUCGUGUGGCGGCACCUCCACGACCCCUAUUUCCUGCUGUCGGGCUCCAAGGACAGCACCCUUUACCAGCACAUCUUCAAGGAUGCCAGCCAGCCCAUCGACCGGGCCAACCCCGAGGGGCUGUGCUACAGCCUGUACGGAGACCUGGCCUUCGCCGCCAAGGAGAGCCUCAUCUCCUCCGACUCCAACCGCAAGCCCUACAUCGGGGACCGGCGCCACCCCAUCUUCUUCAAGCGCAAGCUGGACCCCACGGAGCAGUUCGAGUACAUCUCGUCCUCCAGCGCCCUCAGCGUGUUCGAGACGGACGUGGAGAGCGGCAGCAUGGACUGGUUCGUGCACACGGCCAAGCAGUACGCGCUGGCCGGCCGGCCCCUGGCCGAGCUCUGCGACCACAACGCCAAGGUGGCCAAGGGCCUGGACCGCAACCAGGUGGCUCAAACGUGGACGAUGCUGCGGAUUAUCUAUUCCAGCCUCGGCACCGUGUCGUCCGCCAACCUCAACCACAGCAUGGGCAAAGGCAGCGCUGCCCUCCCGCUCAUGAACAGCUUUAACCUGAAGGACAUCCCCUCUGGGCUGGGCAGCGAGUCCAGACUGGACCGCAGCAAAGGAGAAAGCCGCACAGAAAACAUCCUCAUGGACUCCUCCUCCACCCUGAUCAACAACGAGGGUAACAUUCCUGGGGAGAACAGUCCCCCUCCUACAGCUCUUCCCUCCUUAGCUGUAGAUGUGGGAUGAACUGGUGCAUUUAUCCUGCAAAUUGGGGUGGCUGGACCUGCUGC